AUGUUCAAGUAUCUGGGUCAUUGGGUCACCGCGGACCAAAAAGACAAUGCUGAUAUAGAGCGGGAGCGCAGGGCGUUGUCUGUCCGAUGCAACAUGCUGGCCCGUAGGUUUGCAAAAUGUACUGAGCAAGUAAAAAUUACACUAUUUAAAGCUUACUGCCAGUCAUUCUAUACAUGCAGCCUAUGGGUUAACUAUACGCAGAAGGCAUACAGCGACCUGCGAGUACAAUACAACAACGCGUACAGAGCGUUGUUGCGGCUGCCGCGCUACUGCAGUGCUUCUGCGAUGUUCGCGGAGUCGCGCACGGCGGGUUUCGCCGCCAUUAUGCGCGCGCGCUGCGCCUCCAUGAUGCGGCGCACACGCAACAGCCGCAACACGCUCCUGUGCGCUGUUAUUGAUCGCUGGGACUCGCCAGUGUUGAAGAGGUGGAUUGGGCUCCAUGCCCUUACAUAA